UAAUCUGACAUCUUGAAAAAUAUCGUCUUAUUUCUAGGAGCGAAUACCACUUCCGAGCUUAUUCCAAACGAUUUAUUCGAAGAUUAUUGUUGUAAAACAUUCAAAAAUAGGAUUAGUGUUCUACAUAGCUAUAUAAGCACGCCAAGUUCACAUUAGCUUUCGUAGAAAUGGACUUCCAAAAUCGGGCCGGUGGAAAAACCGGUGGAGGCGGUGUCGCCUCCUGGUCGGAAAGCAAUCGUGACAGACGGGAACGUCUGCGGCAGUUGGCACUGGAAACAAUCGAUCUGAACAAAGAUCCAUACUUCAUGAAAAAUCAUCUCGGUUCGUACGAAUGUAAACUGUGUCUAACUCUACACAACAACGAGGGAAGCUAUCUGGCCCAUACCCAGGGCAAAAAACAUCAGGCCAACCUGGCGCGUCGUGCCGCCAAGGAAGCAAAAGAGGCUCCUUCGAGUAUGCAACCGGAAAAGCCACGCGUCGAACCGAAAAAGUUUGUGAAAAUCGGUCGUCCCGGUUAUCGGGUAACGAAACAACGCGAACCGGACAGUCACCAACAAUCACUGUUGUUUCAAAUUGAUUACCCGGAAAUCACUGACGGUAUUAUCCCUCGGCACCGCUUCAUGUCGGCCUACGAGCAAAAGAUUGAACCCCCAGACCGUAAGUGGCAAUAUUUGCUUUUUGCGGCUGAACCCUACGAGACCAUUGCAUUUAAAGUUCCCUCACGCGAGGUUGAGAAAACCGACGGCAAAUUCUGGACUCACUGGAAUAAGGAUACGAAACAAUUUUUCUUGCAGUUUUCAUUCAAACUAGAACCGAAAAUAAUUCCACCGCCUCCACCCAACAUGCGUAUUCCGAUUCCGGGUAGGCCGAUUUUUAGAUUAGAAGCUCAAUCUACAUGGGACUGAGAAUAUGAAACAACAAGAGCAAAAUUUA